AUGUCUGUAGAAAAUCAAUCAAAUUAUGUUACAACCGUUGAAAAAUGGGAAAAAAUGGCCGAUGGUGUGGAAAUAUACACAAAGACAUGGAAGUCUGCCAUUGAUCCCCCAGUUGCAACUGUCAUAGCUUUACACGGAUUCGGUGAACACGUUAACCGCUAUAACUAUGUAUUUACAAAGUUCGCUAUAAAGGGAGUUGAUGUUUUUGGUUUUGACCAACGUGGAUUUGGUCAAACUGCUGUUCGUAAUAAAAAUCCUGGUCAGACUGGUGGCUGGAAAGUUGUCACUGAAGAUAUUACUAGAUUCCUAAUUAUGAAUAGACGUCCGGGCAUUCCUCAAUUUAUAUUUGGUCAUAGUAUGGGAGGCGGGCUUACCGCUAAUUAUGUUUCUGUUGGCCCAGAAAGACAUAAUUUAGCCGGUGUCGUCUUAUCUGCUCCUCUAAUUGAAUUAGCUCCCCGAUAUCAAGUACCAAAACCCAAAGUUACUAUAGUUAAUGCUAUAUCAAAACUUAUGCCUAAUUUAACUAUUCCCGUCAACUUGGAUAAAUCGUUUAUCAGUCAAAAUCCAAAAGAAGUUGAAAUAUAUGAGAAAGAUCCUUUGAUAAUUGGUAUUGGUUCAUUACGUGGUCUUGGUGAUAUGAUUCUUGGCAUAAGAACAGUUAUAAAAGAAAAAUAUAAGAACAUUACAUUACCUAUUUAUAUCUGUUUUGGUACUGCUGAUUCAAUUAAUAGUUGUGAUGGUGCAAGAGAAUUCUUUAAAAAACUUCCUUCCAAAAAUAAAACUUGGCGUGAAUACCCCGGUCUUUAUCAUGAACUGCAUCGUGAAGAUGAUAGGGAUAUGAUUAUUGAUGAUUAUCUUAAUUGGAUAUUAAAGAGAGCUGCUUCCUCAAGCUCUGAUGAUAGUAUUCAGAUAUCUACUUCAAAAAAUAACUCAGUUCCUUCUCCUUUAGCUCUUGCUUCUGUAUAG